AUGGAAGCUGGAACCAGGUCAGAAGCUAGGUCAAAAACACAAUCAGCGACUGAAUCAAAACCUGAUCCCAAGGACAAGCCGGAAUCCAAAACAGAGUCCAUCACUUCCGACCUUGAAGAUACGCACAUUCAGGGGGAACUGGCAGAGCACCUGAAGCUUGUCGAACUUGGCCAGGCUAAGGAAAAUCCUUCUGUCAACCCUUUGAUCGAGCAAAUGAAAACAACUCCAUUGUUUUCCUCUCAAAUCAAGGGUGUCGUUCACUCUGCUUUCCCAGGUGCUAACACGAUGGAUUCAUUGUUUCCUCAGUACGGUUUGCUCGGGCUCCGGCUCGCCAGCUACACGCCCGGUAGUGACGAAGAAAUUGCUGGUAUUGGAGGAGCAAAGAAAAAUUUGGUAUACGCCAACAUCAACGCUCCCUGGUCAACGUUCAUUUGCGGAAGUCAGGGCAGCGGCAAAAGUCAUACACUUUCCUGUAUGCUGGAGAAUUCGUUGUUGCUACCAUCACAGACAGGCAAGGUCUCGUCCCAGUUAACUAGCCUAGUCCUUCACUACGACAAGUUCACCAGUUUGGACACGGGUCAGCUUUGCGAAGCAGCAUAUCUGUGUUCUGCAGGUAUACCAGUACGAGUUUUGGUAUCGCCGAGCAAUCUGCGACGAAUGACCCAACUGUAUUCAAACCUGCCGGGUUUGCCCAGUGGUUGUCCCAGGCCAGAAGUGGAGCCGAUGCUCUUCAAUGAAGACCACCUUAGUAUUGGAAUGAUGAAAUCAUUGAUGGCUAUUAGCGAUUCAGAAGGCACACCAUUGUACAUGGAGAUGGUGACCAAGAUUCUUCGAGAUAUGGCGAAGGAGUCCAAUGGCCAGCGAGGCAUUGAUUUUCAGGACUUUGAAACAAGAGUCCGAGAGAAAUCAACGCUAAGAGGCCAAUGUACGGCGCUUAACAUGCGUCUAGACCUUCUCCGCUCUUUUCUCGAAGUUAGACUCAGUAAGAAAGGCAAAGGCAAACCUGCAUCUCGUAAAGGUGAUAUCUGGAACUUUGAGAAGGGCAGCCUAACCAUCAUCGACUUGAGCUGCCCGUUUGUGGACGAGAACGACGCGUGUGCAUUGUUUGAUAUCUGCAUAGGUAUAUUCCUUGAGGGCCGUGGAAAAGGAGGCCGUGUGAUUGCCCUUGACGAGGCUCAUAAAUAUCUGACAACCAAGAGCCGCGAGGCAGUGACUUUGACAGAAACUAUGCUAUCUCUAAUUAGGCAACAGCGCCAUCUUGCCACAAGAGUUAUCAUUGCAACUCAGGAGCCAACGUUGUCCCCGAACCUCCUAGACCUGUGCAAUCUUACGGUUGUGCACCGGUUCAGCUCUCCGGCCUGGUUCAACGCAUUAGAAGGGCAUCUUGCAGGAGCCAUUAUGGAUGUCAGCGCAUCUCGUGCCUCUAAGUACAGUACCGGGAGCCUAUUUUCCCGUAUUGUUGGCCUGGGAACAGGAGAGGCCUUGGUGUUCUGUCCCAAUGCCAUAUUGGACGUCAGCCACGGAGAUAACGCAGAGCUAGGGGGCGAUCCCUCAACCCAUCGAGCUGCUCAGUCCAUCAUGGCCGAGCAGGGCUCAUCUUACUUCAAGAUGAAGGUUCGCAAACGGAUAACGGCAGAUGGUGGACGCAGUAUUCUUGCUCAGUAA